AUGGCACUUUCUUCAUCUCAAAAUGAAGCAUUUAGUUCAGUUUUGAUCGUAUGCAAUUCAUUAAGCAUCUUUGGAUGCUUAUUUAUCAUUUUUCUUUAUCUUAUUUUCGGGGAAUUGAGAACUUUUGCAUUUAGAUUGGUUUUUCACAUGUCUAUUGUAGAUUUAUUCCAUUCAAUAUCUCUUCUCCCUGGCUAUGAAAUUUCAGAAUGACUGUGCAUCUUUCAAGGGUCCUUGCUUCAAUAUACAAGUUUUGGAGGUGCCGUAUGGAGUGUGAUAAUUGCGUAUUCGUUAUUUGAUACUGUGGUAUUGCAUAAUACUAAAAUCCAAGCUAAAGAGUCAAAAUUCCUUAUAAUUGGCUAUAUCUUCCCAGUUUUAGUUACAAUUGAUAAUAUGUAUAUAUUGAUUAAAAAGCUAUAUUUAUAUAUAGAAGCAUACAAUUCCCACCUUUUGUAACUAAAAGCUAUGGUAGUGCAGAGGGCUGAUGCUGAAUUAGUAUAAGUAACGAUCACUUCACAAUAGAUACAAUAUGAAGGUUUGUAUUAUUUUAUAUACCCCUAUGACUUAUGUUUAUCUAUAACAUUGUUACUUAUUUUGUUGUGAUCAACAAUAUCAUUAAAGAGUUCAAAAAUCUUGAUAACUCUGAUAUGAAAACAGCUUUAGUCAGAAGACUAAGAAUGUAUCCAUUUGUAUUGAUUUUUAGUUAUUUAUUUUCAACAAUAAAAAGAAUUUAUGAUUUUAUUAAUCCAGAAGAAGAGUUUUUUCCUUUAAUUAUUUGUGCUGGAGCAAUGCUAUCUUUAGUAGGAUUUUUAAAUGGUUUUGUGUAUGGGUUUACUGAUUCAGUGAAAGUGGCGAUUAAAGAAGCUUGAAUUGGAGGAAAAAGAACGAAUUCAUAUGCUGCUGAAGGUUCUCAAAGCUUGAUGAAUAUUACGCAAAUUAAGGCUUGCGUAUUGUAA